GAGAGGCAACGGAACUAUUGGUAAUUACAACUAGUGAUCAGCAAUCUUUAACCUCGAGCUUUGGGCCAAGAUAGAACAUAAAGAGCACAACAUGCGUCUACACAAAUGGAGUCAAUAAAUGCACCCAGCGUGGUAGAUAAGAAACGGCGCUCGCCUGCAUUUCAAAGGGUGUGUGAUGUGGUGAAGCCACAGCAGCCAAGGUUAUUUAUAGAGCGCACCCGCCCCGGCCUCUGUGUGCCCGUUAGCAGAAUCUGAACCUCCUCAGAGCACCCAAACUUUAUGAGGGAGAGCGUCUGGGCCCAGACCGGUGCCAGGCAUCACCAACCGGACCCGGCAGGAAAACAAACAACAGGAAGAACCAGUAAUAAUAAUAGCACUUUAUUGAUCCAACAUAGAGGAAUUUAUUCUCUGCAUUUUUACCCGUCCCCUGGGGGAGCAGUGGGCUCCCACAGUGCGGCACCCGGGAGCUAGUGCGAAGUGUCUUACUCAGGGACACACUUGGCGCUGAUGCUCUGGUGGGCUUCGAACCCAGAACCUCUCUACCAACUGAGCCACCAAGCCACUGUAAGACAGAACACAGUCCCAGACCGAUGCCUCACCAACUGGACCCGGUGGGAAAACAGAGGAGGAACAUGCUUCUGUCCUCCACUUCUGAGCCAGUCGCCAAAGAGCGGGUAGAAAAACAGUCACACAGCUGCUUCUGCUUCCUUAAGUCUCAGCUUCAGGGGCUGCAACCACCACUGUCUCCACUAGAGGUCCUUUUCCAGGCUGCUCAACUCCUGAAUCCACUGAGAGCACCUCUAACUGAACAACCCAGGCAGACACAGCACCUGAUGCUUCUCACUCUCAGAAUAUGAGGCUUUAUCUCUGACAUCAGUGAACUGGUGACACCAGAUAACAGCUGACAUGGGACAAUCACUGCAUGGAUUUCUUUAAAAUGGAAAGAAAACUGAUGUAAAUAGGAUUUUCUGUGACUUUACAGUAAAGUCUUCCACUUAAUUACAACACUGAUCACACUGAUAUGAACACACACACACACACACACACACACACACACACACACACACACACACACACACACACACACACACACACACACACACACACACACACGUGCACUUCCUGUGACUCGACUGUGGUUUUGUUCUUUCACACGCGUUCAGCCUGAACACUCGCUCAGAGCACUGACCUUCUCUGCUGCUGACUGCAGACUCACAGAACCGGCCUGGACCCGUCUACUGGGCACCAACGGGAGCAGCUCUGAGUUCUGAGAAAUGGAGCAGUGAGGGGUGAGGUGGAGAAGCAGCCUCUCCUCACCAUGGCAGCAGCUCUGCCGAUGUGUUACCACGGCGCCAUCACCAAAGACGAGUGUGAGGCGCUGCUGGGUAAGAAGAACAGGGACGGAGCGUAUCUGAUCCGAGACAGCGAGACCAUCCAGGGAGCCAUGUGUCUGUGCGUCUACAAGAAAAAGGUGGUUUAUACCUACAGAAUCCUUCAAAACCUCAACGGACAUUUCACACUGCUGACGGCAGGAGGCUUGGAGGAGACGUUCUUUAAGAGUCUGGAAGACCUCAUUCAUCAUUACAAGAGGAAGAACCAGGGGCUGGCCAUUCACCUGCGUCACUCUAUCAAAAGAAAGAGGUCCCUUUUGAUACAGCCACAGAGGAUGUUGGAAAGGCAACCUGAGCCAAGGCCUCCUGAGCCAAGUCCUCCUGAGCCAAGACAAUCUGAGCUAAGGCCUCCUGAUCGAAGACCUCCGGAGCCAAGGCCUUCUGAGCCAAGACAACCUGAGCCAAGGCUUCCUGAGCUAAGGCCUCCUGAUCGAAGACCUCCGGAGCUAAGGCCUCCUGAUCGAAGACCUCCGGAGCUAAGGCCUCCUGAUCGAAGACCUCCGGAGCUAAGGCCUCCUGAUCGAAGACCUCCAGAGCCAAAGCCCCCUGAUCGAAGACCUCCUGAGCAUAGACCUCCUGAUCUAAGGUCACCUUAUCAAAGGCCAUCUGAUCCAAGGUCACGAGCAGGCAGCUCCAGCACAGUGAUGCUGCCUUCAGUUGAUGAUGAAGAUAACGACUAUGAGAAUGCUCCUCAGCCUGAAUAUGUUGAAGUUCUGCCUAACUUACUCUGACUGCAGGAUGAAACAUGUGACAUGAAUAUUUUUGGAUUACUGUAUUAGGACCAGUGGACAACGGGCUCACAUCACCUUUAGACUAAGGAUCAGUGGACUAUAAAGCAAAGCUCUUCAUCUGCUUCUAUUGUAGAUUCUCAUAGAAUUAUAAGUUACAUUCAUGGUCUCCAGAAGCUGAACUCUUUGUGGUCAUUUUGUCCUUUUGCAGUUUGUUUAUCAUCUAUUGCUGCACAGAUUAUAAUGUUUAACAUGUUCUUUGUUUCUUGUUAUGUAAAUACACAUAUGAAUGAAUUAAUUUUAACAUUUGACUUUUUUAAAGUUUCUUGCCACCACAAGAAGCUUAAAGUUAAAAUUUGUCUGCAUCAUUUCCUUCCUUUUCUCUGACUAGAAGCUGUUUUAGCACUAAUCAAAAUGUAGAUCAGGUCAUUCACCCUAAAUUCACAGUGACUGCAACAUGUGUUUUUUGGUGAGAGAGUAGACUAUUCUACUGGUAGCUUAGCUGGUUUUCUACAUGGUAAAAUGUAAAUAGUAAUGGACGGUAGCUGUGUGUAAAUUCAAAUCUGUUUGAUCAGAAAGUGCAGCAGGAAAGAUAUGUAGAAGAGGAGAGGAGAAAGUUUUUACAUGAGAAAAUAAAAUAAAAUAAAAUAAAAUAAAAUAAAAUAAAAUAAAAUAAAAUAAAAUAAAAUAAAAUAAAAU